CAAAACCACACCCUUAGGCGGCUCACAGUUUGAUCGCUGCAUGUGGACGAGAGCUAAAGACUGAAACAUUCAGCUUCGACAACAUGGCGUGCUACAAUUUUCUUCUCCUUUCCCUGCUUCUCUUUGCUUCAUAUGUUGCUGGAAUUGAAGGUAAUAAGCGAUUCUAUGCCCGUGUUUUGCAAAAAUCAGACUUCGGCAAGUUUGUUGUUUCAUAGUACUUUUAUUACUCACUUUUAAUUUCACUUUCAUUCAGACAAUAACGUGACAGUAACUUGUGGUGAAAACAACAUGACAGUAUACCUCGAAAAGCAAAAAUUCCCGUAUUUGAAUGCGAGUAUGCUUCACUUACGGUGGUCUUGGCGGAGCCGGUGCCGUGCCAGUGAAACACCAACCCAUCUGGUAUUGAGCACUUCUUUGGAUGACUGUGGAACAACAGUUACCGAAGUGGACGACGACGUGAUAAUUUUCACCAACGAAAUCGAAGGAGAUAUUCAAGUACAAAACUACAUCACCAGAGAUCAUGACUUUGAUCUCCAGUUUAACUGUAGCUAUUCAAGAAAGAAGCUGCUUGGACUAAGCUUCAUAACUGGUGAAAUUUUUGUCGAAGAUGAAGGUAUAGGAACCAUGCUUAAAUGAGCACAUUUAUGUCGUUAUUUAUCAACCACCAACCCACGUCAUCAGUCAAAAUCAAUCGCAAAAUUAUUAAUAAAUAAAUGUUAAUUAAAAAUAAUCAAUCAUCAUAGACAGACGCAGGAUUUUUUAAAAAUUAUAUUAUAAGUGUUUUGUUUGGCUUGCAUUAAUUGAUUAACAAGAUUAACUGUAAAAUUAUCAAAUCAAAUAUUGUUGAUUAUUUAAUGUUGGAUUUUUCAGUCCAGCUCUUAAAUUUGUCGUGUGAAUCACUUAUAAAUAUAUAUGUAUCUGAAUAAUCAAAUUGGCAGGAUUACUAUUGAUUGCACACACCUUUUAUGAAAACUGCUCACUGUGAGUCGUCUGUUGAAUCAGUUCCGGCGAGCUGUGCUUUAUGAUUUUUAUAUUAGAAGCGCUUUGCAUCAUUCUCUACUUCUCUUUAUUCUAAUUUUAGAAUAUAACAACCCUAUAACCUAUAUGUUAGUUACUCAUUGUUAUCUAUCUUUAUUGUCUUACAUUAAAAUUCCCUUCGCAUGCACUAUCCAUCAUCCAAAUCUCCACCGAUCUUGCCAGUUUAGAGUUAGCCACAUCAAGUUAAGAACUGAUGUAUUAAUUGGAAACAUAAUUUAAUAUAAGAAAAAGCCUUAGAGGGGCCUCAGAGUUUUUAAAGCACAGAGCAAAAUCAGGCGAGGGUGCCAAAUAUGGAAUGUCCAUGACAGUCUUGUAUCUUAACAAAGUCUAAGCCUGGGAAACAUGCUCUAUGAUUGCAUGGAAUAAUCAAUCAGAGAACAUGUCUUCAUCCAACCUUACUAACCCAUGAACGAUUGUUCCUUUUUUUAGUUGGCUUCGGUAAUUUCACUUUCAAGAUGGACAUCUACAGGACUUCAGCCUAUCUCACUCCUUACUACGGAUACGAGUAUCCCGUAACAUUAGAGCUUAACGAAGACAUGUACGUUCAGUUUAGUGUGGAGUCUAGUGCUGAUCUGGUUGUGAUGGCGUUAAACUGCAGAGCUACUAAAGAUGGAAAUUUCUAUUCCACGCCAAAAUACGACAUUAUAUUGAACGGGUAUAGUAUGCGAGAAAAGUAAUUUUAGCUGUUAUUGAAAAUCAAGAACCCAGUUUUUUAACUAGCUGAAAGAGUUUCUGAGAGUUUUUAGGGAUGUUUUACCGAAAAAACCUGUGUGGUUUUCAUGUAGUACAGAGAUGGGUUUAGUACAGCGUGAAGUAGUCGAAGUCCAUUAUUUUUUAGGGGCGAAGUCUUUUUAAGAAUUUAAACAAGAAGAAAGGAAACAUGGUCAAACCAAGAUCCACCUUUGAGACACCUCCAAGCAUUGCGAUUGGUUCGGCGUUGUAUAGAAAGGAACUCAUCAAGAUGUCAAACAUUUAUGGGAAACAUGUAAAAGGAAUGAUGAAAAAUCGGCAGCGCAAUCUUAACUACAAUUUUAAACUUCAAACGGUCUAUAAAUGGUGGUUAAUUAAUCGAAACUAUGAUUUAAUCUAAUUCAGUACCGUGAGGCGAACACUAAUUAACCUCUCUCAAUAUUAUGAUUACUAUUUCUGGAAACAACAAUCCAUUCAUAUCUUGUAUCAUACAGUACGACUACUUAUUGUGUAUAUGCAUUUAACUUAAGGGGAAUGUAUUUUUUCAUCUAAUCACAAUUAAUAGCUGUGUUCGAGACACCACUAUGGCUUAUCCGUACAGUUCGUCGAGAAGUUUUCAGCAGUUUAAGAUCAAGACGUUCAGAUUUUUCAACGACUACGAUGCUGUUUACUUCCAUUGUGAGCUGCUAGCUUGUCACAGAAAUUUACCAAACUCCAGGUAAGAAAACCAAAUCUUUUCCGUUUGUACGAUGUCGACAUUUUCAAAGUAUUAGUAGCAAAUAUUAUUUAGCGCUUUGCUGGACUCAGUAGCCUGGGAACAGUCCCACCGCCUCCCCUCAAUAAAGAUCGGAGAAGGGAAUUUUUACCGAGGGGAUGGGUGGGUCUGUACACAGGCUAGGACUCUGUGGUAAAGGUAGAUUCCCAAUUCUUAUAAAUCUCAAUCUUUCAAGUGCCUCAACCAAAUCUUCAUAAAAAUUUGUUAGUCAUCAGUAUUAGGACACAAUUUUAAAAGGAAUAUAGCAGAAAAUAGUCUUAUCUGUACCUUUAUAAGGUGUUCCCAGAGUUGUGCGAGCAGAAAACGAAGAAAUGCAGAUGAAGAUAGCGACCAGCCUGAAGGUGCGACCAAGACUUACGAAAUCAAACGAGGUCCAGUGCGGUUCAAGGAUAAGAUACCUGAGGAGGCUGGAGGUAUUUUAUUUAUUAUACCACUACAUGAGAAAUUUCUGCUAUUUGAUUGGCUUAGAGCAGUGGUAUUUCAGCUUAAUUUGAAAUACCUACAUGUGAAAGUUACAAACCUUUUGCGGGUAGUGGUAUAAACUAAUAAUACCAUGAUUUGUAGUGAUAUUUGGCAUAAACGCCACUCGUGAUAUUUCAAAAUAGUCUCCAAUUUUACUCGCCUAACUGCUCGUGAAAUUACGUAUAACAAUUUCGAAAUUUCACUUGUGGUAUUUAUGCCCAACAUCACUACAAAUCAUGCUAUUACCUAUACAAACCGAAUGUAACUAAGAGGUUCUUAUAAGUACAGAGUGUUUUCACUUACGUGGCCAGCAACAAUGCGAAUUUAUUUAGACAAAAGGAAGCUUUCAAAGAGUCCAACUCCCACAGAACACCAACAUUACCGUCGUUUCAUGAUUUUAUAUUUAUUUAUUGUUUUGGAUCACCAAUAUAUGGUCGCCAAGAAACCCUUUGAGAACACUUUAUUAAACACUAAACAACUCAUUUUUAAAAUAAGGCACAAAAAUAUCAACUAUGCUAUCGACGUGGAUCCGCUCGAUAUUCAAACAAUAUUUGUAAUAUAGGUGUGCUGUUUUUAUAAGACUUUUUUCAGACUAAAAAUUUCAAUAAUUCUAACUAAUGUUAAUGGAUUCCACGUUUUCAAAACAUAUGCACGAUUUUUCCGUUUCAGAUACCGAUGAAAAUAAACAACAAGCUGCUAUGAUUGGAGGUGCGGCAGCCGCUGGUGGGGUUGGUCUGCUUGCUCUCAUUGCCCUGGUGUUUUUGUUUGUUAAGUACCGCAUUGCAAGACUGCUCAUGAACCGAAAUAAGGUCGGGGAUCUGUACACGACACAAGACGAACAACUGAGUAGAAGGAACGCUUACAUUCAAGAUGAUGACACGAUUGAGAAGGAAGGAUCCAUGCGAGAUAUUCGUCAGUGAUCGGAUAGAUAUUUUCCCCAGUCGGUUACCGAAUUUCGAGCCAUUCGCCUUUAUCGCGUUUCGGCCAUCUUGGGAUUGUGACUUAUGAAACCGCCGGCACCGCAGCGAGGCUUGAGGUGUCCAAAUCUACGCGCGAAAAGACCGCGAAUUUGUCUAUGUUAGAAAACAAUGGCCUCGAUUCAUCUCCAGGUUUUUGGCAUAAAGUUUAAUCCAAGUCCCAAAAUAUGAUCAAUUGUUUACAGAAACAUUUACUAAAGAUAAUUUGUCAAUAAACUAAGGAAACGCUUACUCAAAUUGUGCCCAUGUAUUUUACUUCACCUACCGUGAGAUUUAUCGCUUUUCCAGUUGCCUGAUAAAUCGUUUCCAGAUGGUCCUAAGAUAGUUCCGUUUCGGAUUUGUGUGGAAUCAUCGAUGAGGCUCUUUUGUUCGGAGCUGAAUGGUGACAAUUUAUCAAGCUACAAUAAUCUUUGUUUACCAUUUUGCAAAACUAUUUCGAUGAUUGGCUGACAACUUGCUUGGAAUCGUUCUGGUGUCAAGAUGUCGGCGCGCGAAAAAGGCGAAUUCGUUGGCUACCCACCCUGUGUUGUUAGUGUUUUUCUGGAGCCACGAAGCUUUCAUAAAUCUAUCGUUCAUUAUAUUGAACUUUGUAAACACACCUGUUGCUGUUUUCACAGAUAGGGCUCUUCGUUCAGUCAUUUAUCUAAGCUAAUUAAAUAACUACUCAUUCUAAGAGUGAGCUUCGUCGUGGUGUUCCGUGUUUUUUAAGGUAAUCAAAUCUACAGCUGACUGUUUGUGGCUGUUUUCCAAAGUCCAGUAUAACAUGUUUAGUCAACUAACUAGCCGUAGUAGUAGGCAUCCGCCAGUCUCGGGAAAAUGUACCGAUUUGCACUCUUGUUAAGGUGGACUCGACAGCGUCUUCUGUGGCUGCACAGUCCAAUGCGGAAGUUCCAGACUCUUCCGCAAUGCAGAUACACUUGUUGAUGUCUCUUUGAAGUAAACGACAUGUUAAAAAUCAGAAUAUCUAGGAUCGUUGGCCGUCGAAUAACAAUUAUAAGUACACCCUGCCUAGCCGCAAAGUCAUGCUGUUACAAGUGACGACUUUCGUUUUAUUCAGUAUAGGCUUGGUUUACCUAGUUUUGUUGACCUUUGACAUUUCUGUAAAGAAAGAUCGCUUUUAACUUAAACUUUCACCGCACUUUAUUUAUUUUGUAGUACUAGACAACCAUGUAUUUAUUCUUGGUUGUGGUAUGCAUGUGUUAAGACAAGGCACAUUGAAGGCCUUUGUACCUCGAACGCGAAUUAAAGGCGCGGAACAUUUGCGUUUAUGAAUAAAAGACCGGC